AUGGCUAGAAAGCUUAUCCAUGGUGAUAUUAGCAAGAAUAUUGAAGAGUUUCUGGAGACUGGAAUUGCGAGAAUGGGCAACAAAGGGAAACAAAAAGCCAACAACACUUAUACUAUCCAGUAUGAGCAAGAGAUAUAUGAGUUUAACCAGGGCGAGCUAGCCCCUCCAGUUGGCUUCUUUGCCAGCAAUUACUCAAGGUAUGUGGUAAGAUACAAAAUUUAGUUAGAAAAACUACUAACUGAAAUCUUUAGGGCAAUUCAUAAGGAAACAGCUCCCCAUGAAUAUAGUCUAUUUUUGACUACAGAGAGGAGUCUAGAGGCAAAUCAGGGGGGAAACUUCUUUAUAUCUGAUUAUGGAAUCAGAAUUAGAGGAGCAGAAAAUACUCUGGUGGCAUGGCAGACCAGAAUGUUUCAUAGAACAAGUCUCGCCAGACUAGAUAGUAUUGAAUCCUAUACUGGUAAGAGACAGGUAGGUCUGAGCAUUGUUUCUCCAAACAGAUUGCCUAAGAUCUGGGAACGAUAUAUGAAUGAAGGGAUAGAUGAGGAGGAAUUGAAGAGGGAAUUGGAAGAGGGGGAGGAGGAAUGGGAAUAA